UUAAUGCAGAGGGAUGGCUAGGUCCUGCGCUUCUCACUGUCGGACCGUCUUGACAGCCUUACCAUGGAGAGAUAAUUUGGCAUUGCGAUCCAAUAGCUCUUCAGAGUCUGGAAGAUGUCGGUGGCAGUGGGAAAGGCACGAAGUUCGAUAGAGAAGUCCAAAAAAAUUUAUUCAACUCUAUGGAAGCUGUUUCCUCACAUUUUUCUCAUACUUUCACUCGUCGGAUAUGCAGCCUUGGGAGCGGUGCUAUUCUGGUACAUAGAGGGAGGGAGUGUGUACAAAACAGAAGGGGAAUAUCAUACGUUUUUGGGUGAACUGGUGCGCACAAUUCAGAAUUAUCCAGUUAAUUCGUCCAGCAAUUCUACUCAAGAACACGAUUUGGUGAAAGAACUAGAAAAAGAAAUCAACGGGGCGUUCAAGUCCAUAUGGCUUCAACGUCCAGAGCGAUGGACAUACUCUGCAUCCUUGUUCUUCUGCUGUACUGUAUUUACAACCGUGGGUUAUGGAGAGAUCUAUCCGGUGACCCUGAAUGGUAAGGUGGUCUGUAUCCUGUAUGCCUUGGUGGGUAUCCCCCUCAUGCUCCUGGUCAUCACAGAUGUGGGAGACCUCCUGGCCGUGCUCCUCUCCAGGGCCUACAUCCACCUGCACACUCUCUUCUGCAGGUUGCGCCAAUAUUGGAGCUGGUCCCCCUCCCAUCACACAGAGAAGCCAGGGGACGGGGGCCAGGGGGGCCUCCAGGACAGAACCUACACAUUCAGCCACGAGGUGGUGGUCCGGGAGCCCAUGGAAAUCCAACAGGUCCUUCACAGCCAGCAGUCUGUGAAGCGCAAGUCCAACCAGCUGCUGAACAACACAGAGAUCUUUGACCGCAUCAUUGUACGGGAGAACUUCAACAGGCAGGGCCCACUGGUGCGGAGGCUUUCUUGCCCUGAGCUGGACCGCAUGCCCCCGCUGCCCAAGGACUUUGCCAUCUGGGACUUCACAGGCAUCGGGGACAGUAUGGACAAGCUGAAUGUCCCGCUGCUCCUCAUCCUGGUGGUGGUGUUUGCCUACAUCCUGUUUGGAGGCCUCAUCCUGCCUCUGUGGGAGAUAGAGUUUGACACCUUUGAUGCCUACUACUUUUGCUUCAUCACCCUCACCACCAUCGGUUUCGGUGACAUCGUGCCCAAGCACCCCAAGUACUUCAUGCUCACCUUCGCCUUCAUCAUCACGGGCAUGGCCAUCAUGUCCAUGGCCUUCAAGCUGGGCCAGUCACGCAUUAUCAGCUGCUACCGCCAGUGCAUGCACUGCAUCAGCUGGGGGAAGGUGGUGAGGUAUGACGAGUUGGGGAGCGACUGAAUCGAAGAGUUUUGGCCCCCACCGGGCGGCUCAAGAGUUCUAGGGUUAUAAUGCCCUGCAUUGUGGGUCCAAAAAGCACUAAGUGUGGAGUUGAAGUUCUGUACGGCUGACUUGGGAACAGAGUCUAGCUCAGGGGGGUGCAAAGCUAACCCUUGAGUUGACCCCUCAUCAUUAGCAUGAGCAAAUGAAAAUGUGCAUGUGGCCAAAGCUUAAAGACAUCCUCCAGUGAUUAUUUUACUUUUCCUGUUGAAAAGUUAUAUCCCAAGUAUAAAUACAGUAAAUUACACACACUCAAGGGUGAAACCAUGUGUUUGAUGUAUUUGAUACCAUUCCACCUAUUCCGCUCCAGCCAUUACCCCGAGCCCGUUCUCCCCAUUUUUAUGAGUCUUUGUUGAAGUUGUGAAAUAAGUGCACAAUAAAGCUUGCAGCUGCAUUUCUCAGUACCUUCUCUAUAGGGAAUUAUGUGGUAGCAGUUUAUUUUUUAUAUUAAAAAAAUAUGGUCAUUGUAUUUACCUUGUAUUUAUUAUAAAUGUAUUAUUUCUGGUACUUACUUAAUUCAACACAAUUAGGAUAGUAACUAUAAUACCUGGUACCAAAUGGUUAUUAUUGUGUAUUAUAAUUUAUGAUGUCUAAAUACUUGGUAAUGUAUGUACGGUAAAAUUAAGUACUACCAAUAAUGUUUUUUCAACUUGCCUUCUGUGUUCAUUGAGCUAGUAUUUGACUGUGUGCAUUUUAUGUGCCAGCAGUAACUACUAACAUGUAUACAGUAGUUUACUUAAAUUGUUUGUUUAAAAUUGUAAUGGAGAUGAGAACAUAUUCUCUGAAAUAUGUUAUCUUAAUCACCCUGCAUGCAUAAGCUCUUGUGUCUCUAGCCAACUGUAUAUCUUGCUUUCACACCACCAUUAAAACACGUUCAAAUCAA